UUCCUUUACUUUGUCCGUUGCAACUCGUCAAUCCACCCCGGCCUCGCGCUUUGCCCUGCCCAAUUUCCCCACGCCCGACGUCCUCGGCACGUGCCUCUAGCAAACCAAUUCUUCGUUCGAUUCCUCCUAUAGCAGAUCGGUCGGUCCACCAAUGGCUCUGCUCAAGGCCGCCCGCGUCGCCGAGGUGCCCACCCUCGACGUCGUCGUCCCGGACCUCGCCGCCGCCUCCGCACGCAUUCUCGAGGUGGACGCGGCGGUGAAGAAGCGCGCGGGCGGGCGGUUCGCGGUGAUCGGGCACCGCGGCAAGGGGAUGAACGCGCUGGCGUCGCCCGACCGGCGGCUGCAGGAGGUGAAGGAGAACUCCGUCAGGUCCUUCAACGAGGCGGCGCGCUUCCCCGUCGACUACGUCGAGUUUGACGUCCAGGUGACCAAGGACGGGUGUCCAAUCAUCUUCCAUGACAACUUCAUCUUUACUGAAGAACAUGGUAAAAUUUCAGAUAAGCGUGUCACAGAUCUUCAGUUAGAAGACUUCCUCAUGUAUGGCCCACAAAAUAGGCAGGGGAAGAAUGGGAAACCUUUGCUGCGGAAAAUGAAGGAUGGUAGAAUGUUGAAUUGGAAUGUGCAAUCAGAUGAUCCUCUUUGCACGCUUCAAGAAGCAUUUGCUAAGGUCAAUCCAAGAUUGGGCUUCAAUGUUGAGCUGAAAUUUGAUGACUAUCUUGCAUACCAGGAGGAAGAGCUCUCUCGCAUCCUCCAGGCCAUCCUGAAGGUGGUGUUUGAGUAUGCCAAGGAUAGGCCUAUUAUUUUCUCCAGCUUCCAACCCGAUGCUGCACAACUCAUGCGAAAAUUGCAAAGCACAUACCCUGUUUAUUUCUUGACAAAUGGAGGAACAGAGAUAUACACCGACGUGAGGAGGAAUUCGCUGGAAGAGGCGGUCAAGCUAUGCCUCACCAGCGGCAUGCAAGGUAUUGUGUCCGAGGCCCGAGCAAUAUUCAGGUUUCCAGCGGCCAUACCGAAGAUCAAGGAGGCUGACCUCUCCCUGCUGACUUACGGAACAUUGAAUAAUGUGCCAGAGGCAGUGUACAUGCAGCACCUGAUGGGGGUGAACGGGGUCAUCGUCGACCUCGUGCAGGAGAUCACCGAGGCCGUCACUGAUCUCAUCGCGGUCCCGGAGCCUGAUCCGGAAGCCAAGGACUCGAGCAGCCAGGUGACAAGAGAUGCCGCGUCUACGCCCAACUUCACUCAGCGCGAGAUCUCGUUCCUGCUGAGGCUGAUCCCUGAGCUUGUACAAUAGCGCAAUGUCCAUUGAUGGCUUUGGAGUAGCAUACAGGAAGAACCCAUUGGGGAGGGCAGUACAAGUUUAUGUGAAGUCCUAAGGCGAGGUCCUCUUUUGUUUGUCUUGGGAGAACUGGUGAUGGAUAUGUUAUAUGUGUACAUGUCGUAGCGAGGGGAGGGGUCCAAUUGAAACUACCCCAGAAGGAGGAUGAUUGUUGUACCUUCAACGACGUGUCUAACUGAAAUUACAAAUCUAUUGUUGAAUUUGGUAUGGGCAGUUCUGCAGUACAA